GCAGCGGUUCCCCACCAUUCCCUCCCCUCCACUCUUUCUCCGACGACCACCACUCCUGCUCCUCCCCAGAAGGAAAACCCAAAGCCCAGAAGAAGCCCAGGCCCACCAGCCCGAGCCCGCCGCCGGGGAGACCAGGCCAUGGCCGCCCCCGAGCCGCCGCCGCCCUCCGGGAUGGGCUUCUUCGGCAUGCUCAGCUUCCGCCGCAGCGCCACCGCCGUCGCCUCCUUCGACCCCGCGCAGGACGACGAGCUCCUCGCGCUCGACGCGCUCCAGGCCCACGUCGCCGACCGCCUCCAGGCCCUCUCCGCUUCAUCCUCCCCCGCCUCCCCGGCCCUCUCCCUCCCCUUCCUCUCCAAGCUCCUCGACGCCGUCCUCUCCUCCGACGCCGCCUUCCGCGCCGUCCUCGCCGUCGGCCCCGUCGCCGCCGCGCUCGCCAGGCCCCCCGCCGACCGCCUCGCAGCCGACCUCCUCGACCGCGCCGUCAAGACGCUCGACGUCCUCAACGCCGCCUCCCUCACACUCACCUCGCUCCGGGCCGCGCACCGCGCCGCGCUCACCGCCGCCACCUGCCUCCUCGCCCCGGCGCUCCACCGCGCGCACCUCGCACGCGCGCGCAGGGCCAUCGCCAGGCUCUUCCCGGACGACGCCAGGGCCGGCGUCGGCGCCGGCUCCGCGUCCUCGCCGUGCUCCCGCACCAUGCGGGCGCUCUCCUUCAGCGUCUCCAAGAACUGGUCCGCGGGCCGCCACAUGAACGCCAUGGCGGCGCACCUCGCGCCGCCGCCGCAGGCGCCCGCGGCCGCGGCCGGCGCGGGAUGCGGGCUCGGGCUCGCACUCUACACCAUGAGCUCGGUCCUCGUCUUCGCCAUGUGGGCGCUGGUCGCCGCGGUGCCGUGCCAGGACCGGGCGUCCGCGGCCGUCAGCCCCCCCGUCGCGCCGCCCAAGCAGGCGCAGUGGGCGGCGCCCAUGUCGGCGCUCCAGGAGCGGAUCGCCGAGGAGUGGAGGCGGAGGGAAAAGAAGGGGUCUUCCUCCGGCCCGGCGCCCACGGCGGGGCUCCUCGCGGAGAUGCAGGCCGUGGAAAGCGCCGCGCGCGACCUCAACUGCCUGCUCGAGGAGAUCGCCGAGGAGGAGGAGGAAGAGGAGGAGGGACACGGGAUCGUCGGCGAGGAGCGCGCGCGGGAGGUGACGGAGCGCGCCGAGGAGCUGGCGGCGGCGUGCCGGGCGCUGGAGGACGGACUGGCGCCCCUGGAGCGGCAGGUGCGCGCGGUGUUCCACCGCGUCGUGGCCUGCCGCGCCGAGGUCGUCCGCUGCAUCGACCACAGCUCGCGCACCGCCACCGCCGCCGCGUCCGCGUCCGCCGGCGUGCCGCCGCAGCACCAGCACUCCUUCUGAGCCACCAAAUUAGGGGUGUUGUUUGCCGAUGAAUUGCUUGCUUUGGGGUCGCAAAAAAAUUAUUUCUUUCCCCAUUGCCAUGAACUGUACCAUUCUUUGAUCUGUAAUUCCUGUCCUACCUGUAGAUUAUGAGCCUGCCUGUAAAAACUAACAUCUCUUUUGUUUGGAUUAGUGUGUAUUGGUAGAAGAGAUUCUUGUUGUAUGAACUAGUACCAUCAGUGGUGUUGAAUUCUUGACUGGUUUCUCUCAA